CCCGGCCGGGGAGCGGAGCUGGGACGAGGGGGCCGGGUGUGCAGAAGCACUUUCCUGCCCGGCCCCAGCCCUCGCCCCGAGGUCUCCCCCUGCCGUGCCCGGCUCGGGAGCUGACGCGGGCGGAGCCCGGGCUGCGCUGGUCCCGGGCAGAGAGAGCCCCGGUGCGGGGAGCGCUGCAGGCAGCCGCGGGGUGGGGGCUGGUGCUGCGGGACACAGGAAGGGGCUGGAGCAGCGGAGCGGGCGGUGCUGGGAGGAGGGAGCGGGCGGGCGGGCAGCGCUGGGGAGAACAAAGGGCCGAGCAGGUCCCGGGCAGCCCCGGGCCGGGGGCUGGGACAUUGCAGGGCGCUGCUGCCUCCCUCCGCUGGGAGCCAGGGCUGAGCAGCUGCUGCUCCCACGGGGCUGUGCCACCGGGAGACCUUCGGUGCAGCUGCUUCUGCGCCCGGCCAGAGGGGGCUUCCUCUGCGGGGCUGGGACUAGCCCCCGGGCCCGGCUCUGCCCGCACCAGCUCCGGGCCGGAGACCCAGACUGCAGAAUAACAUCCACAUUUUGCUACGGAUCGUCUCAUCCUCCCAGGGGAAAGGAAAUGACGUCAGUGGAGCCGGCUCAGGGGCCGGUGACCUUCGAGGAGCUGGCUGUGUACUUCACGGAGGGGGAAUGGGCUCUGCUAGACCCUGCUCAGAGAGCUCUCUACAGGGAGGUCAUGCAGGAGAACUAUGCCACUGUGGCCUCAUUGGGGUUUCCAGUUUCCAAACCUGAUGUGAUCUCCCGGCUGGAACGAGGGGAAGAGCUGUGGGUCCAAGAUCUCCAGGGCUCUGAGGAAAGAGAGCUCCAGAAAGGUGCCCAGACAGGAGAUGGGAUGCUGAGUGAGAACGAGGAGAAGAGUCCCCACCUGGAAGAUGCUGAGCAAGUAGAACCACAUGGGACAUUAACAGGAAGAUCCAAAGGGAAAGUUUCUUGGAGUUGUGCAGAGGCAAAAGCCUGUGAGAGUCAGCAUAGGCCAGAGAAAAGCUUCUGUAGUGGCUCAGAUGUUAUGAGACAUGAAAGAAUGAACAUGGGAGAGAGACCCUACACAUGCCUUGAGUGUGGAAAAAGUUUUAGUCAAAGCUCAAACCUCAUCACGCAUCAGAUAAUCCACACAGGAGAGCGGCCCUACAUGUGCUCUGAGUGCGGGAAAAGUUUCAGUCGGCGCUCGGACCUGAUCAAACAUCAGAGAAUCCAUACAGGAGAGCGACCCUACACAUGCUCUGAGUGUGGGAAAAGCUUCAGCCAGAGCUCAAGCCUCAACAAACAUCAGAGAAUCCACACAGGAGAGCGUCUCUACAUGUGCCUUGAGUGCGGGAAAAGCUUUAUAAACAGAUCACACCUUCUCGCACAUCAGAGAAUCCACACAGGAGAGCGACCCUACACGUGCUCAGAGUGUGGGAACAGCUUCAAACUCCGCUCUCACCUCAUCACACAUCUGAGAGUCCACACAGGAGAGCGGCCCUACACAUGCCUUCAGUGCGGGAAAAGCUUCAGCCAAAGGUCACAGCUUACUACACAUCGGAGAAUCCACACGGGAGAGCGACCCUACACAUGCUCUGAGUGCGGGAAAAGCUUCAAACACAAGUCACACAUGUUGGCACAUCAAAGAAUCCACACUGGGGAGACACCCUACACAUGCUCUGAGUGUGGGAAAAGGUUUAGUGGGAGCUCAACAUUCAGCAUACAUCAGAGAAUCCACACGGGCGAGAGACCCUACUCGUGCGCGGAGUGUGGGAAAAGUUUUUGUUGGAGCUCAGCUUUUAUCAAACAUAAGAAAAUCCACACAGGAGAUGGGAUGCUGAGUGAGAACGAGGAGAAGAGUCCCCACCUGGAAGAUGCUGAGCAAGUAGAACCACAUGGGACAUUAGCAGGAAGAUCCAAAGGGAAAGUUUCUUGGAGUUGUGCAGAGGCAAAAACCUGUGAGAGUCAGCAUAGGCCAGAGAAAAGCUUCUGUAGUGGCUCAGAUGUUAUGAGACAUGAAAGAAUGAACAUGGGAGAGAGACCCUACACAUGUCUUGAGUGUGGAAAAAGUUUCAGUCAAAGCUCAAACCUCAUCACGCAUCAGAUAAUCCACACAGGAGAGAGGCCCUACAUGUGUUCUGACUUCAGCCAGAGCUCAAGCCUCAACAAACAUCAGAGAAUCCACACAGGAGAGCGUCUCUACAUGUGCCUUGAGUGCGGGAAAAGCUUUAUAAACAGAUCACACCUUCUCGCACAUCAGAGAAUCCACACAGGAGAGCGACCCUACACAUGCUCAGAGUGUGGGAACAGCUUCAAACUCCGCUCUCACCUCAUCACACAUCUGAGAGUCCACACAGGAGAGCGGCCCUACACAUGCCUUCAGUGCGGGAAAAGCUUCAGCCAAAGGUCACAGCUUACUACACAUCGGAGAAUCCACACGGGAGAGCGACCCUACACAUGCUCUGAGUGCGGGAAAAGCUUCAAACACAAGUCACACAUGUUGGCACAUCAAAGAAUCCACACUGGGGAGACACCCUACACAUGCUCUGAGUGUGGGAAAAGGUUUAGUGGGAGCUCAACAUUCAGCAUACAUCAGAGAAUCCACACGGGCGAGAGACCCUACUCGUGCGCGGAGUGUGGGAAAAGUUUUUGUUGGAGCUCAGCUUUUAUCAAACAUAAGAAAAUCCACACAGGUGAGUAAUGCC